AUGUUCACCAUCACUACCCUCCCACAAUGUGUGUCUUUCCCCCGAGUUGAGGCGCGAGGGCAAAGGCGCCGUCUCCGUCAUAUUCCAAAUUGUGACGACGAGGACACGGAAGGUCUGUUCCACAGGUGCGGUCGUGCAUGCGAAACUACAGAGGGACAGCUGUGCUACGGCGUGCUCGUGAAGGCAGCGAGCUGCGUUGACGCACAAGACAAGUUGCAUCGUUGGCUGAAUGUUCAGCAAGCUCUAGCGAUCGGCGAGUCUUUAACAUUCUCUUCUACGUCCCUGGAUAUUGUGUCAAUGCCACAGGUCGGCAGUGUGUUUCAGUAG